AAUUAUUGGCGCGAAAAAGGUUAAGAUAGGAAAGAGGGAAAUUCGAAAACGGGACAUUCCAAAAUGAACAACGAACGUCCUCCGAUUAGGGUUUUCGGCCAGCGCUCAAUUUCAUCGUCUUUCCUCUCCCGUUCUUCAAAUCCUUUCAAGAGUUCGAACGAUGAUUCGCAAAGCAAAUUGGCGAAGAAGAAUUCGCAGCUGUCGCUCUCAGAUUUUCUCGAUCGGAAACUGCCGGAGACUUCCGUUCCACAGAGGACGGUGAAGGGGAAGUCCACGCCCUUCUCCUCGUUGCAGGGUCCAAGGAAUUCGAAUAAUGCACCUAUUGCAAUUGACUGUGGGACGGAUUCCCAGACCGAAUCGGCUAUUUCAAAGGUGCUUUUUGAACAGUUCAAGCGUUCUGAACCAAGCCAAUGUGAAUAUUUAGUUUCAGGCAGUGCAAGUGAAAGAGAUAUCUUCAAUACUGAUGAUAUAUUAGAAUCGAGAAAAAGAAAGAAAUCAAAUGAAGGCUUUAUUUCUACCACCCCAUGUGAGAGCCAAACGAGGAAGAUGAAUGUGGUAGUUAUAGGAGGCGACCCGAGACCCGAGCAAAAAGGGAUGCAGCCGAUUCCUAUUGCUAGAAACAAAAAGCCAAAACCUCUCUACAAUCACUAUGCAAGUGGCUCCGGCUGGUGGGACAGCAACAUGGAGGGUGUUGAUAGUGAAGAGGUUGGCCUUGGUGAAGUAUGGGAAGGAGUUGGGUCCACCACACUUGGAGGAAUAGAGUGGCAUUGACUCUUUUGGGGGCUUCAUUCUCUUCCCUUUGGAACACUGUAAAUAUUUACUUUCUGUUUGAAUAUUUUUUUCAUGUUUUUUUUUAAAAAAAUCAUGUUGCUGCUAGUUAUUGACCUAUAUUAACAUCCAUCUCCCAAGGCGACGUUUGGGUUGGGGGAAGUGGGAUGAAGAUAGAGGUAGAAAUGGUUGUGAUCUCCUAAGGCGACGUUUGGGUUGAGGGAAGUGGGAUGAGGAUAGAGGUAGAAAUGGAAACACAUCUUUAUACAAUUUUUGAAACUUUAGAUGUGAAGAUAAACUAUUUCCAUGCAUCAUUUAUAUUAAAAGAUGGUACCCAUCUGAGUAACAGAUUGAAUUAUAAAUUUAGUUUAGACAACGUGAAGAUUUCUUCCCUAUGUGAUUGUGGAGUACCAUGAUAAAAGAUUGUUUGAGGAUGGAAUUUUGUAUAAAAAAAUUAGCUUAUAACUAUUUUAUAGAUUUGUGGUGGA